UGAAUGUGAAAGUGAAGCUUUGUCUCCUGUUGGCGUUUCUCAGUCAACAAAGUGCUGCAGCUGCCCAGAAUUCCUUUAUUCCAGAUUUGCCUCCUCAACUUUUGCAAGGACUGGAUGAACUGAUGAGCAGAAAAUAUUUGAUUGGCUUUCUUCACAUACUGCAGUUUCAAAGCCCCAAUACAUGGACAUCUGAUCUGAAAGACAAAAUAAAAGUUUACUUGUAUUUACAAUAUCUACAAGAGCUUGGAGACCUCCAGCUUUCUGUAACAAAUUAUAUCAAACAACUCACUGAAGACCCAGAGUAUCUUCUGACCGAACUGCAACAACUUGAUCACCAGUUAUUUCCUCUUGCUAUGAAAUAUCUGCUCACAGGGAAGAAAGAAGACUUUACUGAGGACAUCAGUAUUUUUCUGGAUUUUGAAACUAUGAGAGAGAAGGUAUUUCAAUGUCCCACAGGAAAUCGGACAUUAUUCAUCCUCACCUACCAGAAAUGCCUUCAAGCUCUGAAUUCAGCAGAAUGUGUAGACAUACUGGGACACGUUCUACGCAUGUAUGGGGAGAUGUACUUGGACACAAAUAUGAUAGUAAAAUUGCCAACUGAAAUAUUAGACGACCCCUUCCGAAACCUGUCAUCUGUGUUUAGAGAUCUGUAUGAUAAAAUGAGCGCUACCAACCAAAGAGCUGUGUAUGAGUGGAUGACUCAAACCCUUCAAAAAUCAUACGCUGUUUAUGAAGCCAAUGGAUCAUCAUCAUGGGUAACUGCAGAGAGUCUCUGGAUAUUGGGCCAACUUAUGGUUCUUUUACCACUGAAUGAAAUCAGCAAAAUAAAUAUCAAUGAGAUCCGCAUGUUUAUUAGCUGUGACAAUGCCACAAAGCAGCUGGAUACAGUAUAUGAUAUCACACAAGAUCUUGCAAAAGCAUUUCUGGAACUUAUAAACUCAUCAGGGUUUGAUAUGAGGAACAUCUCCACUAUAUACAGGCUGGGUUUGCUGGUCUGCUUCUAUGAUGAUAUCCAAGAUAUUGAUUCAUUGGUCGCAAAAGCUUUACUGCAUCAGAUGAUCAAGUGCAACCAGCUGCGGGGCUUCCGUGCUGAUGUACAGAAGCUGAAAGCUAGGCUCAUGCAUAUUGCCACCAUAAAUCAGACCCUGAAUGACAGUGUGGGAUCUCUUUCGGAUGCUGUGGUAAGCCUAACCAUAUCCCAGCUGGAAUCCCUGUCGCCAGAAGCUGUGCAGGGUGCUAUCCUAACCCUGCAGCAAGUCUCCGGCUGGACCAAGAGCCAGGUCAUGAUCCUGACCAAAAAGUUUCUCCAGUCUGAAAAGAAUUUAACAUAUUCCAAUGUAAGCCAGCUUGGAGAACUGGUGACUGGUGUCAGCGCAGACUUAUUUUAUGAGAUGACUUCACGGGAGCUUUUACUAGCUCUGAAAAAUGGACUUUCCCUGCAUGCACCAGGAAUUUCACCAGCACAGCAAGAAAGCAUUCUAAACAAGCUGAUGUCUUCUGGAGGGUUUCAGACGGUUCUAGCAGAGAUGAGUGGCGCAUUCUUUAAAGACGUGUCUCUCUCGCAACUGUCAUCAGAAAGGGACUUGGAUGUCGCAGUCCUAAAGGAGAAAGAGAUGAGAACAAGUCAGGCUCUAUUUCUGUUGGAGUUGCUGUCUAAUGAAACAACACUGGAGAAUCUGCUGAGUACAGGACAGUUGGCGAAGGGUAUUACCUGUGAACAGAUAGACAACAUUAUUGACGCCAGCCAUUUCAAGCUCAUUGAGAAGAACCUACCAUUCCUUUCUCCAUUUCAGAUUCAUUGUCUGGCCUGGAAAUACUGGAGGGUUUCCAAAGCAGACAUUCCCCCGUUCCUGCUAGCUGUACUUCCGACUAGCUACUUUGCCUCUUACCCUCUUGUCUGCAAAAAGUUGUUAAUUGGCCUCAGGAAGGGGGACCUUAACUAUUUGCUGUUAAAUGAAAACAAGAAGCAGUUCGUAAUUAACAAGGUGAAUCAAUGCCUGAACGGUUCUAUAGCGGAUGUGUAUCAGCUAGAUAUGCUUGGUAGCCUCAUCUGUCACUUGUCCCCGAAUAUCAUACGGAAUAGCAUCCACAAUGUAAUUACAUCAGCAAUAAAUCUGUUUAAGACCUGUUCUAACCUUAGCCAUGAGCAAAACCAAGAAAUUAAAUACAAAAUCCUGCAGCAUUAUGGAAACCCAUUAAACUGGACAUUCGAAAUAGCACAAGAUAUGGUACCAUUCUGGAAUCUUCUGUCAAAAGAGGAGAUCAUGACUGUAUUGCUGAAGUUUCAGAAUUUAGCACCACGGAUGGUAUCAGAGGCUGCAAGAAUUCCUCAGGGUGAUGAGAUGCUAUCAGCCUUACACAAUGCCAUUUGGUUACAUGGUACCAAUGAUUCAUUAAAAAACCGAUCGACAGAGUGUAUGGACACAACAGCGCUGUCUGCUGAUACCAUCGCACUACUGGGUGAAGCCAAUUCCCUGUGGUCACCAAAGGAGCUGCAAUGUAUGAGUGUGGAAACUUUUGCCAAAACUGUCAACAUCCUUGGUGGUUUGAGAUGUUUCAAUCAAUCUCAGCUGUCUGUUCUGAAGGAUAAAGCAAAACAGCUCUGGGGUCCACUUUCAGAAUGGAAGAGCUAUCAUGUCACUGCACUGGGACACAUCGUCACAGCUCUAAAUGUCAGUGAAAUAGACCGGCUGGAUUUAGGUUCCAUUGACACUAUUUCUGCACUGACCCAGCAAAGUAAAUGGACUGGAGCGCAAGCAAAGUCCAUACUACAUGGGUUCUUGAAUGAUUCUGGAAAAUCAUUAGGAGACUUGAAGAGCUUUGAACUGGCAGGAUUAGGAGGCAGCUUGUGUGUUGCUGAACCUGAGCAGAUAGUUCAGAUCAAGCUUACAGAAUUUCGAUCUGUUAUUUCAAGGCUAGGAUCCCUUUCUUGCAGCCCAAACAUUUUGCAAGUGUUCAAAAAACAGGCAGAGAUGGUCUAUGGAAAAGUGGAAAUGUGGAGCCAUUUCAUUUUGAAUGAUAUAGGCUGCAUUGCAGCUGCAUUAAGUGAACAAGAUUUCAAGUCCAUUGACCCAAGGUUAAUGCCUUAUAUCCAACCUACAGCAAUUUCACUUAUACCAGACCAGACAUUUAAGGAGCUCUCAGCAGAGCAUAUAUCUAAUCUAGGACCUGAAAAUGGAGCGAUGGUUACAGAAUCCCAGCGUGCACAACUCAAUGCCUCUCAGCUGCAAGCCCUGAGUCAAGCACUAGAGGGCAUCAGGAUGAGCAGCAACAGGACACAAUCACUGACAACAAGAAGUACAACCACAGCCACCAGUCUAACUUCUGUAUCAAUUGGUGCUGCACUGACGACUGGUUAUAUCAUCGUUUUCGCAGUUCUCUGUAACUUGAUUUGUUUAUGAAUGCUUAUGGAUGAGAUAUAAUUUUUCCCGUAGAAGAUCAUGGUGCCAACUCUACAGCUUAUCAUAUACUUAGCUUGGAUAUUUAUAAGAUUUGUUCAUACAUGCUAAAGGACAAAUCUGAAAGAUCCAGGAGUCCUUUGCCUAAGAUGAAGGCCCAUAUUGCACAGGGAGCAAUAUACAAUGAGUGGCUGUAUGGUGACUACUCACCGGAAG